CUCUUGUGAUAAGGAAUAUCUAUCGAGGAGACAUUGGUGGAUAUUUGGAGGACCAUUUGAGGCAUUGUGUCUCAACAAUAGACUGGCUAAGCCACACGGCACACAUAGGAUCCAUAUAGCGUAGUAUUGAAUACGUCGUUGAUGUUUAUCGCGGAGCUACAUGUACGUGGUAUAUAAAUUCUAGUCUUUUCGAUAUUAUAAUUAUUGUAGGUAGGGUUACACGAACUGUGCGCUGGUCGAAGGGACGGCAUAUUCUGCAUCAGACUGGACGAGACAUUUAAAAUGCCUAUGAAGGAUUACCAUUAACCUGUUUUUUCGACAUUGUCAUUUCUACAAAGUGCGUUUGUGUGAUAGUGGACAAGAUGACCCAGCAGAAAACAGAGAACUCCUACAAGGGGCACUACCACGAACCAAAGGUCCAGGAAAACAAACAGGAACAUUACUCUGAUAAUGAUUUGCGUGACUUGGUGGAUAGUUUCGGCAGGAAUAGAGAUGGGAAGAUGACGACCAGAGAACUGCGCAUGUGCUUCAACUUGCUAGGACAAAAUCCACAUGAAGCGGAGCUUCGUGAAAAUGUAUCGAUUUUAACAAGAGACAGAAAUGAUGGGAUUGUGCUGACAGAGGACUUUGUGGUAUUAAUGCGGUCAAAACUUGGACCUGACGAGUUGAGCAAGGAAGAACUCCAGGUAGCAUUCGCUCAGUUUGACGAAGAUGGCAGCGGCGCAAUUAGCCCGGAUGAACUACGUCAGAUCCUGUCAGCCUCGUCCCUAUCAGAGGAACAAAUCGAGCAACUCAUCAUUGACGCGGACACUGACGGGGACGGCGAGAUCGAUUUUGACGAAUUUUACGUCUUGUUCACGACGUCUAUCUGAUGAUAGGGAGACUCAAAUCGUGAGUUUUACACCUUGUUCACGACCAUGAUGGGAUGAGAUCCUCACCGACCAUUAUUCUAACAACAUAUGACGUCAUGAAAAACUUAAUCGAUCACGUGGUUUCGUAGAUGGACAAUCAUUGAUAUAAGCAUUAUCUUUCUACUCUGUGAUAUCCUGGACUGUCCGACCUGUAGUAAUGUAGUUGUCAUCGUCUGUUACAUUGUUUUAGAUAAAAUACUCAUCUACUUACAAAUGUGA